GCCCAGCCUUCUCCUUCUCCCUCCCUUCUUCGGCCCCAGGAUUGCACACCCACUUUGCCAAGCAGGACCACACCUUCCUCCCCUUCCCAGCCUCAGGCAGCCUCUCUCCACGGGACGGAGCUGAGCAUCCCUUUCGGUGGGUCUUCUUUCCAAGCUGUUGCCUUGAAAAUAUUUCUACAAUGCCGGUAACCCGCUCAAAGUCGUCGUUCAAUACUAAUGCCCUGACUUCUCAACUGGGUAUCAUCCGCCUGUUGGAAGCUAUUUUCACAUGUGUCACCUUCAGCUUGGUGGUCCACCGCAGUGCCUGGUAUGGGCGUAAUGGCGACUGGUGCAUGUUCUCGUGGUGCAUUUGCUUCGCCAUCACCAUUGUCAUCUUGGUGGUGGAAGUUGUUGGCCUUCAGCACCGCAUGCCAGUCUCCUGGAAAAACUUCCCCAUCACGUUCGCCAUGUAUGCCACCUUGGUGUGCCUCUCCGCUUCCAUCAUCUACCCAGUAACCUUCAUCCAGAGCCAAAGCCUUCCCCGUGAAGAGCGAGGAUACCGCAUUGCUGCCACAGUAUUCUCUUGCCUCGCCUUCUUGGCUUACUCUACAGAGGUUACCUUAACCAAAGCCAAACCAGGAGAAGUCACUGGCUAUAUGGCCACUGUUCCCGGCCUGCUUAAGGUGGUGGAGACCUUCAUUGCUUGUAUCAUCUUUGUCUUCAUCAGUGAUCCGGUUUCCUACGAUCACCCAGAGGCUCUUCAGUGGUGCAUGGCUGUCUACUGCAUUUGUUUCAUCCUGUCGUUGGUGGUCAUCAUUCUCUGCAUUGGCGAAUGCACCGGCUGGCUGCCCUGUCCGUUCAACAAGUUCCUGAGUGGCUACACUCUUCUGGCUGUGCUCAUGUAUGCAACAGCCACCAUCAUCUGGCCCAUCUACAAGUUCGACCGGAAGCAUGGGGGAACACCCUCCCGGCCAGGUUUCUGUAGAACAUCUUCGUUCUGCUACUGGGACAAGUUUGUUGCCAUCGCCGUCCUGACAGCUGUCAAUCUGCUGGUUUAUCUUGCUGACUUGGUGUAUUCUGCACGGCUGAUCUUCAUCCAAGAAUAGAUGGCUGGUGGCAUCAAGAGUCAGGGCAGAGAAGGUCAAGGGGGAGGAAAGAAGAAAACUUGGGGAGGAGAAUAGCAAAGGAUGGAGAAAGAAGUUGUAUCCUGCUUUCUCCAUCUCUUUCUGUGCUCCUCUCUUUUUCUUCCUUACUAUGAUCCUUCAUGCUCUUGUUUCUGCCAUUUCCCCUUCUCUUUUUGUACAUUCCCCCCCCCCCUUGUCAUCCCUUUUUCAUGCCACAUCUCAUGCUUUUAGCUUGUUGUGCACUUAGCAUUUUCCCAUCACACACCAGAGGUUUGCAUGAGGGCUCUUUCCCUGUACGUAUGUAUUGCCCUCCACUGUUUUUGGAUUCACCUGUGCCUUCUUGUGUUUUACCAAAAAUUGCGUAACUAUCUGGGAACUUCAUAAUUUGGGAUAUGUUGCAGGUAGGGGAACAGAAACACAAGGUUCAAAUUGACCAUGCUCCUGGGACUGCUAUUCUUGAAUGAAGGGGAGCCUCACAAUAUUUCAUUUCCUACAACUUUGCAUAUUUGGACAUUUUCUAAAUCUGCCUUACACAAACGUUUCUAAGUUCAUAGAAGUUAUUUCCCUUCCAUUGUAUAUAUGUUGCUUCAGUAUUCCUAUUUUUCCAUCACUUUUUGCCAUUUGUGAUAAUUCUGUGCUGAGGCCACUGGGUUCUUCACUUAGAGAACAUAGAUAGAGGACUUAUUCAUAUAUGUUAGGGAUAGGAGACCCUAAAUUGGGCUCAGAGGUCAUAAGAGAGUGCCAGAUCCGUAUUCUGGUAAGAAAAGUUUAGAGAACUCCCUUUUAAUGAAGAGUUUUGCCUGGCAGUAGAACCUUAAAAGCAAUGAGAAGAUCUUCUCACUUUGCAGAAGCAGAGUGUUUAUUUCAAGGCAUUAUUGAAUGUAUUGUCAGCCCUUAAUGAAUGUAGAGUUCUGCCAUUCAUACAAAUACAAUGAGGUCAUUUUCUCCUGGGCAAAUGCCAUUGGAAUGAACAGAACAUGAAAAGUCAUUCCUGCUUAAAUAGAGAUCAGAAUCAACUCAUUCACAUUUCACUAUCAAUUAGCUGAAAAAGGAAAGCUGCAUAAUUCCCAAAGUGGGUAACAUGGCCAUUGUAGUCUUGAAGGGUGAGUUCACUCUUCUGUAGUUUCCAUUUGAGAGUAGCUUCCAAUUAGAUUUAGAUAAUAAACAGGACUUAGUUGAAAGAAAGGAAAAAACACCCUGAAGUGAUUAUUGGAUUUUGUUGGGCUCAAAAAAAAAUGAUUCAACCAUAAAUAUAGCAGAGUGCUAGAAGCAGACUUCACAAUCAGCAGAAACUUAUAUGUGGUGAGUCAGGAUUACCUUCUAUUCAGCAGGAUGGAACAGGAUUGCAGAGUCACAAUUUUAGGUUCAAAAUAUUUAAGUAAAAAAGAAAACAGUUCUAGAUAGAAAUGGUUUUUAAGCUAACUCGCUUACUAAGUUCAUUUUCUAAGGAAGGUAAAAGAAUAAAAUAUCAAAAGUAUCCAUGCAGCUACACUUUGCCUGGAGAAAGGCAAAAUGCUUCCUUACUGGAAAAGAGACAAAGGUAGAAUACAUCAUUAUACUAGAGAAUGGAUCUACUUUAAUUCCGGAUUCUGCCUCCAGCAGAAUUCUGAGGUUUGUAGUUUAGGGAUGAGUGUUUAACAGCCUUACUAAACUACAAACCCCAGAAUUCUGCAGGAGGCAGAAACUGGAUUUAAAGUAAUUCAUUCUCUAGUGUGAUGAAGUAGAGAGAGAGAAGGGAGAAAUGGAGAAUGACUACAUUGCCAAAACCCAGGGCAACAAAAAUACCUUUAAAGAGGAAGUUACCUCAUGCCUUACAGAGAUUCCAUUGCUACAUUCUCAAAGAGGGGAGGAGAUAGUGUCAAGCAAGAAGAAUAAGGCAAAGCCCCUUCUGGGAAAAGCAUGCAUAGGAAUGUGAAGAAAGGAAUCCCUCACUCUAAUCCUAUAUCUAAGGAUACUAGAUAUAUCUAGAUAUAUCCUAUAUAUAAGCUACUCAUUGAGGACUGGAGACUUGUACAGUCCAGGGAAGAAACCCAAUAGAUUUAGCCAAUAAAGCAACCAUUGCCAUGCUGAAAAAUAGCAUGGAAGCUGCACCUUCCGCAGUUAUUUACCAAAGGAUUAAAAAUAUGUAAAAUGCCUCAUACCAAAAAGCAGUAUUGUUUAUGGACAACCAAUCUUGCCUUUCAUUUUUUAUACUGAAUAUAAAAAUAAAGGUGCCUGCCAUGUAUGUCUUUGAGACAUCAGCUUUAAUUUUGUCUCGGUGAAGGAAAAUAGCAUUAUUGAAAUGUUUGUGUUCACUGAAGUGUUACAUGUGUAAUUUUGGCCUAUUUUGUGUCGCCGGUUCAGCAAAAGCAAACAGACUGCCCCUGGGAGAGAAUUGAGAGUAGUCUUGGCGCUCCCCAGGUGUGUUUGGUUACAGUUCCCAUGAGCCUGCAUGGCUGUGAUCUUAUGGGAGUUGUAGUCCGGCAGUUCUGGAGGACACCUGGCUAGGAAAGGCUAAUGUAGACAAUGUUUGUUCUUUGCAUUGUGGCCAUGACGACAACGACGUUCUCUUCUUAUCAGUUCAGCACUAGGCUUUUAGUGUUAUGUUGUUUUAAGAAACAAAUUUAUCCUGCUGUUUCUCUGCCUUUGCCUUUUUUAUAUACUUCUGUGUGUUUUGUAGCUUAGGUAGAAAUAUGUAUAUGCCUUGCUCCCCACUUAUUGUUAACCCCAUCUCGCCUUAAUUGAGGUGCUGUUGUUUGUGACUAUCUUUUUUUAAAAAUAUGCAAAGAGAUAAAUAUGUGUGUACAAAAUAAAGAAGCAACAAUACCAUAAA